AAAAAUACACCCAUAUUCAUUGUGAAGAAACAUUUAUUAAAUGCCACAUGCAGCCUGUACCAAAACCUCUCCAGAUGAAUAGCUACCAUACAAAUUUCUUCAAAAUUAUUUAUUGGUAUAGAUUCCAGACACAUUUGGAGUCCACUUACAGUGAAUCACAACAAUUCUAGCAGUCCCAGCAGCAGCGAGGACAGAGCAGAUAUGUCUGAAUUCCCGCAAUCUUCUACUUCAAAUCUCGCCGCCGCUGCUGAAUGCCGCCGCAUAAUCGAUACUUCCGCCGCGGGAGGCGGAGCGGAGGACCUCUGCUCCUUCCCUCCGAACUCAGACACCGUCCUGGAGAAUGUCCUGAAACACGUUCUCUGCUACGUGACCGAUCGCCGCGACCGGAACGCGACCUCGCUAGUGUGCAAGUCGUGGUACCGGAUUGAGGCCAUGACCAGAUCCGAAGUCUUCAUCGGAAAUUGCUACGCCGUGUCGCCUCAGCGGGUCAGGGAUCGGUUCAGCCGGGUCAAAUCUCUGAUUGUUAAGGGAAAGCCUAGGUUUGCCGAUUUCGGAUUGCUUCCGCCGGACUGGGGCGCGCGCGUGGACGCGUGGAUUACCGCCUUUUCCCAGCCUUACGGUGCGCUGGAGAAACUGUACCUGAAACGCAUGGUUAUCCUGGACGAAGAUAUGCAGGCUCUGGCGGAGGCUUUCCCGAAUCUGGAGGAGCUGGUUGUGGUCUGUUGCGAAGGAUUCGGGACCAUGGGACUUGCUUUCGUCGCGGGGGAGUGCAGAUUUUGGGAAGACCAAGGUGCAGCCUGCUGCAACAUAGGGGACAGCUACUUCAUGCUUUUGAACACUUCCUCCUUCAACAUCCUGUUCACUUGAUGAGUCAUCUCCUUGUAAAAUCACCUUCUGCCCUUGUACUUCCCAUUUGAAAGUCUGACUUUGGAAGUUAAUCUCCGUGUCUCCCAAGCUUGUUAGCCAGUCCAUUCCCAAGACUAAAUCCGUGCUCCCCAGCUCCAAUAAGUAAUAAGUUUGAUGAAUACCAAUUCCUUGCACAUUCAGAUCUACACCUGCACAUCUGCCACGGCUUUGAAUACAUUCUCCAUUCCCUAACUGCACUCUAUUCCCCUGAAAAGGAGUAUAAGGAAUCCUCCACUUUUCCACCAAGCUUAGUGACAUAAAAUUGUGUGUAGCACCUCCAUCAAUGAGUACAUUUACUGUGUUUUCACCUUCAUGCCAUUCCAGUUUACCCUUUACCUUAAAGGUUUUCACAGGGGUUAUGUCUUUCUCAUCACUUAAAGAAAACUGCAUGGUCUUCAAUUCUAGAGAUGUGGUCUUAUCCCUGCCAGAUUCCAUUGAUUCAACUUCAGAAUCAGCUUCACCCUCCGAAUUCUCCACUAGGAUCAUUUUAUAGUUCCUCAUCUUACAGACAUGUCCUCUUCCCCAAUUUUCACCACAUUUAAAACAGAGUCCUUUCUUGCUUCUGUUUAAUAGUUCUUCUUGGGAUAGUCUGGGACUUGUCUCAUUAGAUACGCAGCUUGGACCUUCCUUCCUGCUUUCAUCUCCCCAUUUCUGGCCUGAAGACUGGAUGAUAGGUUUAGUCUGCCAUUUCCUCUUUCCUUCAUCCUUAUUCUUCACAAAUAAGGUUUCAGAAUUCUUGUUCUCAAUCGUGGACGCAGUAUCCAUAACUUCUGCCAACGUUCUAGUACGAUGUAACUUCAAUCCUGCUCUUAUAUCUCUUUUCAAUCCCUUAAGAAAGAUUCCUCUCAAGACUUCUUCAGUUAAGUGGCCUUGGGACGCAAUGGCAGUCUCAAAUUUAUCCCUGUAUUCUUUCACCGUUCCUUUCUGCUUCAAACUGAGUAGUGGUCCCAAAGGAUCUUGCACCAAUUCUGGUUGAAAUCGUUUGGACAGAGCAGUAGUAAAAGCAUUCCAAGUUUGAUGUUGAGCUUGUCGUUCCCACCAUUGGAACCAGCUCAAGGCCUGGUCCUCCAUGGCCACGACUGCAACGUCAAUCUUAUCUUCUUCGUCUGUCCUGUUCAAUCGGAAGUACCGGUCCAUCCGUACUAACCAUCCAAACACAUCAUCGCCAUUGAAAAUAGGUAGGUCAAUUUUUCGACCUACCUGUUGAUGGUGCCGCUGAUGUCUGCGUGAGUCGCGAUGGCUAUGCGAAGUGGAGUGGUCUGAUCCAUCAGAACUAUCGCUGUUCUUCACAUGUCUAUUGUGAUGCGAUGUCGUUGAAUGAUGCGACCGACUCGACCGACUCCUAGAUCGAUCGGAAUGUCUGUUUUGGAGGUCCGCGAUGCCAGCCUGCAUCGUCGUCAUCAUCGCGAUCAGGUUUUCAUACUUCGUUUCUACUUCAGCUAUUCGUCCCUCCAUCAUCUUCCUUGUUCCCACCAUUCACAGCAACGAAAGGCUCUGAUACCAAUUGAUAGGAUCCUCCAGAAAUUCACAACAAUCCACAGAGAAUUUGUAAAACAGAAUCAAGAAAACAAAGAAGAUUUUAUUAUCGAUGAAUCGGUAACAAGAAUGGCCGAAGCCCCCAAUGAGCCGUAGCCCCCCAAAGAAAGAGAAUAGUUCUAGAUCUCCCAAAGUCCCAAAGUCAAAGUCUACAAACAGCCUACUUGACUUCUCCCAACUUAUUCUAUUUAUACUAAUCUAGUACACUUCUUAUUAUACUUGGUUUAUUAGGCCCACUCCAAACAGUCUAUUAGGCCCAAUUCCUAACACAAAAUAGUGAUUUUAAUUUUUGUUAUGCAUAAACAAAAUCAAAGAAUCUUAUUUCAAAAAACGGAAAAAUGUGUUCGAAAUUUCGCAACAAGACUGAAAUUAAUAUUAUGAAUUUGAAGUGCCGCAUUUACACGGGAAAAAUAAUAAUUUAAAAUUAAAGAGUUAAUAUUUUUAACAUAAAAAUUGAUCUUUAUUUUUAACUCUUUAAUUUUUAUUUUUAAAUUUCGUAUUUUAAAUGUAUAGUAUCUUUUCUUUCUUUUUCUUUAUUUUAAAGUCAAUUAGGGUAAAUUUGCUCCUUUAUAGGAAGUUAGGAACAUACGUGGUAUUUUUGCACAUUUUAAAAGUUCAGAAGUAUAUGCUCACCUCUACAUAUACUUUAGCGGUAUAUUUGCACCCCUUCAAAUCAAUAAUAUUUACUAGAAAACAAAAUUGUAAUUAUUUUUGGAUUAAAAUUAAUCAAAACAAACCAAUCAAUAUCAGAAUUAAAUAAAAGAGAUUGGUCAAAAUAAAAUAAAAAAUAAACUGAAGAUAAUAGAAACAGAGAUGGUGGAAGAAGUAGAAAAACAAAAACAGGAGAGGAUUAACACUUACCAUGACACUGCGGCAAUCAGUAACGAUGCCUUGGAAAGUGUUACCAUGUUUUAGAUCUUUUACUUUUUUGAGGGGUAAUAUCUACUUUAUUGGUGUGUUGAAAUGUAGUGACAAAUUAAUUUAGAAUUUUGCUUCGUUUACACGCCGGCUAUCACGCCUAAGUGUAAUUGUGGGUGCACGGACAAUUACACAUGGGGUUUAGUAAAGGGAAGUGUCUGUGACUCCAAGAAAUGAAUUGUCUGUGCAAAGACAACUCGGGAUCACAACACUUACCCUUACUAAAUCCAAGUGUAAUCCGGCGUUAAUCGGACGUGUACAUGUAGCAUUUCUGUUAACUUUAACCAACUUUGAAGUAUGAUAAUAAUCUCAAUUGUGAGAUUCUGUGGUUUGCUUGUGCUCGCACUUUCUAGGUAUAAUUUUGAUGCUUAUUAUUUUAGGAAAUUGAGGGUGCUCGAACUGAUGGAGUGUGAUAUCGAUGAUGAAGAAAUGGAUUGGAUUUCAUGUUUCCCAGGAGAUGAAACAUGCCUCGAGUCUUUGGCCUUUGAUUGUGUGAUAAAUGAUGUGAAUUAUAAUGCGUUGGAAAGGUUGGUGAUGAGGUCUCCUUAUUUGAAGAAACUUAAGUUGAACCAGGUUGCUUCUAUUGAACAGCUUUACAAGCUGAUGGUUAGGGCCCCACAGCUUACCCAUCUGGGAACUGGAUCAUUUAGGCCCUCAGAAGAAGGUGAUGGUGAACAAGAAGAAGAACUUAACUAUGCUUCUGCUUUUGCUGCCUGCAAAUCAUUAGUGUCUCUGUCUGGGUUCAGGGAAAUACAUCCUGAUUACCUUCCUUCCAUAUACCCCAUUUGUGCCAACCUUACUACUCUUAAUUUCAGUUUUGCCGACAUCAAUGCUGAGCAACUCAAAGCAGUCAUUUGCCACUGCCACAAGCUGCAGGUUUUAUGGGUGCUUGAUUCAGUAUGUGAUGAAGGCCUCAAGGCAGUAGCUGAAACAUGUAAGGAUCUAAGAGAGCUUCGGGUUUUCCCUCGUAAUGCUGAUGAAGACGCGGAUGGCCCCGUUUCUGAAAUCGGUUUGGUUGCAGUCUCAGAGGGUUGCAAGAAACUUAAUUACAUAUUAUAUUUUUGCCAGAGAAUGACCAAUGCGGCUCUCCUGACCUUUUCACAGAACUUACCAGAUAUUGUGGUGUUCCGUCUCUGCAUAAUGGGCCGGCACAGACCCGACCCGGUAACAGGAGAGCCAAUGGAUGAAGGGUUUGGAGCUAUUGUCAAGCACUGUAAGAAUCUCACCCGCCUCUCUAUAUCCGGUCUGCUGACCGACCAAGUUUUUAGUUACAUUGGUGAAUAUGGUAAAUUGGUGCGGACGCUGUCAAUCGCGUUCGCUGGGGAUAGUGACUUGGGGCUGAAAUACGUCUUGGAGGGCUGCCCGAAGUUGCAAAAGCUCGAGGUCAGGGAUUGCCCAUUUGGGGACUUGGCUGCCCGUGCUGGUUUGCAUCACUAUUACAACAUGAGGUUCAUUUGGUUGUCUUCUUGCCGAGUGUCACGUGAAUGCUGUGAGGAGAUUGCACGGGAGUUGCCGCACUUGAUGGUCGAAGUGAUUGACUGGAACGAGUUGGGGAGUAAUGAGAAUGAUUAUGAUGUUUUGUACAUGUACCGGUCUGUUAAUAAUGAACCAAGAACCGAUGCCUCAAGGUUUGUUCAAAUCUAUUGAUGUUAGGAAAGAUGCACAGGAGGGUGCCAUUGCGGUAUAGUGUUUUUUCCCUGGAAGUUCUGGGACCAGGGUUAAUAUUGGUGAUCUAUUUGUGGUCUCUUUCUUCAUUGAGGAUGUUCAUUUUGUCUUAAAGAUAAAAAGAAGCCAUGGACAUUGCAAGGUGUAAGAUGGGGUCCUACAGAAAUGCAGAUUGAGAAAGAUGAUGGUGAUUUGGGUGGACUUGCCAUCCGUUGCAUAAUUCCCAUUUCAUUAGACUGAGCUUUUACUUGUUUCUAUGUUUGUCAGUUUACACUUUUAGACCUGCUUAUUUUCUUUGGCUGUUUUUUCGUUUGCACCUGGCUGCUGAAUUUCUAUAUGGUUCUUUUAUUGGAUGUUUCGUUUCACUAAUGAUAUCCAUGGUAAGCAUGGUUGAUCAAUGGCUCUGGUUUCCUGCUUUCCUAAUUUAGUUCUCCUAUCUGUGGAAUUGGCAUAAGAUCCUCGGAAUGAUGGACCAUGAUAGCGAUGCUAAUGAUUCAUUUUAGCUGUGAUUGUGAUUGUAUGUGGUAAUUAUUAAUUAAUGUAUUGGAUAAGUCGGCAAACCCCACUUGAAGUCAAUAGAUUUGGCUAAAUGCCCUUUUGAGCCUUGGCUUUUGAUUAAUCUAUUGAGGUUCAUUUGGUUGUCUUCUUGCCGAGUGUCACGUGAAUGCUGUGAGGAGAUUGCACGGGAGUUGCCGCACUUGAUGGUCGAAGUGAUUGACUGGAACGAGUUGGGGAGUAAUGAGAAUGAUUAUGAUGUUUUGUACAUGUACCGGUCUGUUAAUAAUGAACCAAGAACCGAUGCCUCAAGGUUUGUUCAAAUCUAUUGAUGUUAGGAAAGAUGCACAGGAGGGUGCCAUUGCGGUAUAGUGUUUUUUUCCCUGGAAGUUCUGGGACCAGGGUUAAUAUUGGUGAUCUAUUUGUGGUCUCUUUCUUCAUUGAGGAUGUUCAUUUUGUCUUAAAGAUAAAAAGAAGCCAUGGACAUUGCAAGGUGUAAGAUGGGGUCCUACAGAAAUGCAGAUUGAGAAAGAUGAUGGUGAUUUGGGUGGACUUGCCAUCCGUUGCAUAAUUCCCAUUUCAUUAGACUGAGCUUUUACUUGUUUCUAUGUUUGUCAGUUUACACUUUUAGACCUGCUUAUUUUCUUUGGCUGUUUUUUCGUUUGCACCUGGCUGCUGAAUUUCUAUAUGGUUCUUUUAUUGGAUGUUUCGUUUCACUAAUGAUAUCCAUGGUAAGCAUGGUUGAUCAAUGGCUCUGGUUUCCUGCUUUCCUAAUUUAGUUCUCCUAUCUGUGGAAUUGGCAUAAGAUCCUCGGAAUGAUGGACCAUGAUAGCGAUGCUAAUGAUUCAUUUUAGCUGUGAUUGUGAUUGUAUGUGGUAAUUAUUAAUUAAUGUAUUGGAUAAGUCGGCAAACCCCACUUGAAGUCAAUAGAUUUGGCUAAAUGCCCUUUUGAGCCUUGGCUUUUGAUUAAUCUAUUGAGCAACAGUUGGAGCAGUGUUGGACUUCGUUGAAUUGGAUUGGAAUUGACUGGGUAACACACUCGGAGAGAACUGUAAUUGGAAGGAUAAGACCGGAUCGGAAGUAGCGCAUUCUGCAUAUGAUGCUGGAGUGCUGGUUGACUGGAGUCGUCUGGACUACACGUCUACACCGUUUUGGGUUGGCCUUUGUUGCUUGACCGUAAUCAGAUUGUGUCUAUCCCAAAUAGGGAGAAAUUUCAGGUUUGGGAUCAUUUUUGAACUGAUGAUCUUUGAAUGAAUAGAAUCAUUUAUAGUACUUUGGUUGUGUCAUAUGUGAAGGGAGAGGGACUUGAAUAGUUGAAUUGUCUAUUGACAUUAUUGCUGGCAGAAUACUAAAAUCAUAACCUC